AAUAUAAUUUCAGUAUAAAAAAGUACGAAGCCGUGUGACGUUAUUGUGUUAUAUAUACGGCUUAUUUGUUUAUAAUUUAUUUAGAAAGCAAUUCAUAUUAAAACUUGUUAUUGUUAUUUAUUCAAGUAACGUUCAAAUCUGUUGUAUUUCUUAAUAUGACUAGAUCAAAAAUAGAGUUAGGAGAUGUAACACCACAUAACAUAAAACAGCUCAAACUUCUUAAUCAAGUGGUGUUUCCUGUCUCAUAUAAUGAAAAAUUUUAUAAAGAUGUUUUAGAAGCUGGGGAGCUAGCAAAACUUGCAUAUUACAAUGAUAUAGUGGUUGGUGCAGUUUGUUGUCGAGUAGAUACUUCUGAAAAUUCUAGACGUUUAUAUAUUAUGACAUUGGGAUGUCUUUAUCCCUAUAGAAGAUUAGGAAUAGGUACUGUAAUGGUGCAACAUGUUUUAAAUUAUGUUUAUAAAGAUGGAAAUUUUGAUUCAAUCUUUCUUCAUGUUCAAAUAAGUAAUGAAGGAGCUAUUGACUUUUAUAAAAAAUUUGGAUUUGAAAUAGUCGAAACAAAGGAACAUUACUAUAAGCGAAUAGAACCUGCAGAUGCUCAUGUAUUACAAAAAACUUUACGUCCCAAAACAAAUCAAACAAAUAAUCAACAAACUAAUCAAUAAAAAUCAUUAAUCAUUAAUUUAUCACAUCUUAAAAACUACAUGUUUUCAUAGUCUGGUAAUAAAAUUAUUUUUAUUGUA